AUGGUUUCUGAGUUUUACAAAGAGGGGACCAGAGGAAAUGCUGUGAGCGUCAACAUCUCUCAACGUGACAUUGCCUGCCUGCUUCACCUUAGGUUGAAGUCAAACACUCCACGCUGUAUGACUUUUGGGGAGCUCCGGACACUGAAGCCCAACAUCAGACCCUCUCCUAAGAGAGCCAGGGGCCUGACUGUGGUUGCUUUGCCCUUUGAUCCAGACUACAAAGAUGCCAUCACACCCCCCUACAUGGUCUACCUGAAAUCUGAUUACUUGCCUUGUGCUGGAGUCCUGAUCCACCCGCUUUGGGUGAUCACCGCUGCACACUGUAACCUACCGUGAGAAGCUGCAGUUAAUACUGGGAUUACAAAGCCAUCAAAUCUCAAAGAAGAAAAUUAUCUACAAGUGGUUGGUUAUGAGAAGAUGAUCCAUCACCCAAAAUUCUCCAUCACUUCUAUCGAGCAUAACCUCAUGCUCAUCAAGCUAAGUGACAACAUUGAGCUCAAUGAUUAUGUGAAACUGGCCAGCCUGCCCAGAGAACCCGCUGCUGAAAACACCCUGUGCAUGGUCUCCACCUGGGCCUACCAUGUGUGUGACAUCUACAAGGGCCCUGACUCCCUGCAAAACGUGAACAUCUCUGUCAUCUCCAACACCGAGUGCCGUGCUGCCUAUAAAACCUACAACAUCAGGGACACCAUGCUGUGUGUGGGCAUUGUGCCCGGAAGGAGGCAGCCCUGUAAGGUAAGUACCCUCGAUGCCUUCAUUUGCCCAUUUUGUUGUGUUCCUUGGCCAGAAAAAACAAGCCAGGUUCCUUUUUCCUGGCAGGAAGUCACAGCUGCUCCCGCAGUGUGUGAUGGGAAACUUCAAGGAAUCCUGACUUUUGCGGACGGAUGUGUUUUGAGAGCCGAUGUUGGCAUCUAUACCAGAAUCAUUAACUAUAUGCCCUGGAUUGAAAAUACCAUCCGGAAUAACUGAGCUCUCACAGCUGGAAUUCUAGACCAUGUGAUACCAUCUGUCCCCGAGUCCAGCCUCAGAAUUAAAUAUAAACCAUCUCCAGGGCUCCAUAGCAGAAUUCUAGACCCUGUGACAUCACCUGUCCCCAAGUCCAGCCUCAGAAUUAAAUCUAACCAGUCUCCAGAGUUACAUCUGUCUCACUCCUGCCCGACAGAGUGGGUGAUUGGUACCUACCUAUAUUGGGACUAUAAACAUGGCAGUCCUUCCUCCUUCACUAUUGAUGAUGAUGGCAAAUUCCAUACCCCUUAGGCAGUUAGUUGGCAUUUACAAACUGGGGACUGUGUUCUAACAAACUGAUCACUGACUGAAAAGAAAGACCACUUGAUUGAUACUUUGGGUCACAAAAAAGCCUGCGACUUGCACUGAAUUCAAUAGCAUGUGCUUUUGGCGAGGUACACAGGCCAACUGGAAAAAGGAAGUCUGGGAAGGACGGCACUCAAUCAAAGUCCUGGGGAGGGCAGAGGAUUUAAGGGGCGGGGACUCUGGGAGGAAGGGCACUUGGUUUCUCCUCGCCCAAACUGGACACAGAUUCUGGUCAUUCAUUUUGCAGGACUCUCAGUAGGGACUUGAGCUCUGAGGGGUUAAAGCCAAAGUUAACUGGGGCUUAUGACACAGAGAAAGAGGGAGCCCAGGAGGGAUUUUUGCAAUACCUGCAUGUGUGCCCUUAGUACUCCAGCUGCCCCGGGAGUUCCAUUCUCCUCCGGUUGUCAUUCUUGCAUUUUUCUUCCUUCCCAUUUCUCUUUUCAUCUCACCUAUAUAGCUCCUAUUACCCUCGAAGAGUUUCCAUGGGUAGUUUUCCACGGGGAGUAGCCUUUGGCAAUUUGAAGAUCAAAAGCACAAUAACAAAAACAAGCUUUAGAGAGUUCUGUCUGUGGCCAUUACAAGUGAGGUACUGGAGCCUUACAGUCCAGCUAGGGAAGAAGCAGCAGGGAAUGAGGGAACUCCUCUCAAGAAGCAGAAGUUCCAGCAGUAAGUUCUGUCCUUGCUAGGGUUCUAAAGCCCUCAAUCAAUAAAGCCUAGCUUGCAGUGUUGAAAGGCGACAUUGUGUGUGGACUAUUCAAUGCAGCUGUGAGCACUUCACCUUCAUGUAUGUUACUGGUUGAAUUUUCUGCUAUAGGAGAAACAGACGGUUUUUGCAGGAGACAUUUCCCAGCUUGCAAUGGUGCUAAACUUUCAACAGAUCCUACUUACAAGGCCAGCUGAUUCUAGGCGAUAAAGCAUAUGUUAAGGUCUCUGAAUUCCAUGGGCAUCAGCCUACUCUCUCACCACUGUCACUGUAAGGUAAAUUCCUUGGUUGGAAAGUUUUGUGCAAUACACAAGGUAUUCAAGGAUGGUAGUGCUGAGAGUGACAGUGGCAAGGGAAAGAAAAUCCAAAUCUAGAAUAUGUCCUGUUCAGUGAACACCAAGAGCUACUCUGACGAUGAUGGGAAGGGACCCAUACACCACCACAUGGUUCGUGGGAGACUUGAAGUGCUGUGACCUGCCCGUGUUAUAUUAAGGAUGAGAUUGGUUGCCGACAAUGGCAAACUGGGUCUUUGCAAGAAGUCCCUGCAUGUGCUCCAUUUGGUCCCUCUGCUCCUUUGUUCAUGAAGCCAUUUUUAAAAACACUAAAAGAAACAAACAAAAUACAAGGCCCUCAAAAGAGAUCAGCUUGUCUAUCUGAUCAUUAAAGUCUUUUGCUGCGAUAGCAUUCUGAUGAGAACUCUCACAGAAUGAUAUAUUUUCCUGUUCCAGGGUGACUGUGAAAAAAUCCUACUAUGAAAUCCUUCCUCAAAUGGCUUAUCCCCAAUUUCCCCACCUUGUUCCUUCUGAGUCCUAUCAGAAAGCAGACCAUCAGCUACUCUCAAGAAAUUCAUGUAAAUCUUGAACUCAGGAAAGAGAACAAUAUCUGUGGAUUGAACUUCUGUCCCCUGAGAAUAAUUCAAUUCUCCUUUUUCCUUCACAGAGUCCCUCUGGGGGGUUUUACUAUCGCAGCAGGACUUGUACAGUUGGUACUAAUAUAUCAAACAAAACCAUGCACAAUCAAGGUGACAUGUUUUCACCCUCAGUAAACCGCUGAUGGAGAAAUCUCUUUGAGGUCUUAAGUGUGGGUUGAGGAAAGACUGCCCAGAGCAGUUGCUUAUGCAACUUCUUUGGACCUCUGUUCCAUCUAUGCUUCUAAUUGAGGAUGAAGUGCAAAUGAGCAUAUCCAAGGUAACAACAAAGACAGGCAGGUGGCCCCACCUGGAGCAAGUUCAUGAUCAACUAGUGAUCUGGAUGCUGGCAUUUAGUCUCUAUCGGACCCUAGUAGCAAACCAGAAGCUAUUUCCUAAAAAAUUACCAUUGACUUUGCUACCGAGUUUAGGGACCUCGGGGUUGAUGGUCUUAAGCUUUGCCCUAAGUUUCACUGACUAUGCAAAAGAUGUGGUUAGCAUCAUUGGAUCUACAGAGUGUAUUUUUUUUAUCUUUUGUCCUUUUUAGGGCCAUACCCACAGCAUAUGGAGGUUCCCA